UAUCGGGGGUAUAAAAUGGAGUUACUUUGGGCUGAGGGGAAGAUUCUGAGAGACGACCAUGAGCACAAUGGCAGGACAGCUGGCUCUGGCCCUUUUGGUGGGGACUGCGCUUUGGACCACCUGCCCGGGGGCUCCAACACAAUGUCACUUCAACUUCCGAGCACCGUGUCAGUACCAGGGCGCCGUUUAUUCCCUGGGUGAAUCCUGGACCACCAGCGAAUGCCUCCAGUGCACGUGUCUGCAUCCUGUGGGCGUCGGCUGCUGCGAGAUCGUCCAGCACCCAGUGGACUUCCCCGCUUGGUGCGAGGUCCGUGUGGAAGCAGAGACCUGCAGGGCCAUGCUGGUGCAGACCGCAGACCCCCGCCUCCCAUGCAUCUCCGGUGGAGAGGACAACCUGGACCCCAAGCACAGGACCCUGCCCAUCAGCCUGGGGGUGUAGGUGGGACCCCCUCCCCAACUUGAGUCCACCCCCAGCUCUUCUCCAAAUCCAUCUAUGUAAUCAAGCUUGUCGUCAAGUACAUCUGUGGUGCAUCAGAGAAACACACUGAAAGGAAGAGUUAUGAAGAUGGCAGAACCUUUGAAAUUAGGGUUGUGUGGUUCUAGGUUCACCGGGGGUGUUGGCGCUGCCCCUUGAAGGGAUUUGAGCAGAACCACAGCACACACAGCUGUGAAGUCAUACUUAAGUCCAAGUUCCGCUUCUGCCUGCACUGGUAUACAUGCAUCUGUAUUACUGCAUCUGUACUCUGAACUGCUUAAUUAAACAAUUACUCAGAGAAAUAACACAUGGCUGGUGGCAUUUUUAACAGAAGGAUCAUACAGCAAGUAGAAAAAACCCUUAAUAUUGGGUAAAAAA